GUGGAUUCCGCUUGCACUCAGUAUGCAAACACAGAGAGAGCUCAGAGAAUGGUGUCCCCUGGUGGACAGUGUAGCCAGUGACUAUGAAGAGUCGAAAUACGAAUGUCUUUCAAGGAGACGAAUGGACGCGGACAUUGGCAUAGUACAGGACGAGUAGGACACGAAUCAGACAAGUGAAAACUGUUUCAGUGAGAGCCAGGCAGAGUUGAGGCUACACCAUGGAGUUCAGCAGGAUAGAGUUCUUCCAGGAGCUAGGGGAGAGCUGUGUGCUCCCUACGGCACAGCAGGGAGUGGAACAGGUCUGGCAGCUACUGCUCCUCUGCCUGCUCUGUCGACUCCUCUGUAGGCUGGUAGGUCUCUCAUCCUCUGUGAAACACUUUGGCUCAGUGUCAGCGGGUCUAUAUGCCCUCUACCUGUUCUUUGAGCAGUCCAUGGUGUGGGUGUUAAUGCUCAGUAUGCUCUGCUACACUGUCCUGUUCCUCAACCGCCAUUCCAGCAGCCGAGGAAUCUUCCUCUCUGCCACUAUCCUCAUCUAUCUACUCAUGGGAGAGCUGCAUAUGAUUGACACAGUGACCUGGCAUAAAAUGAGAGGUUCUCAGAUGGUGGUGGCCAUGAAGGCCAUUUCUCUGGCCUUUGACCUGGACAGAGGCACUGUGCUCGCUGUGCCCAACCCUCUGGAGUUCACAGGUUACAUUCUCUUUGUGGGCACUGUCAUCUUUGGACCCUGGAUUAGCUACUCAAACUACAAAGAGGCCAUUGAGAGCCGUAAACUGAGUUGGUCCUGGCUCCAGAAGUUUUCAGUCAGCUUGGUGAAAUGCCAGGUAUGCUUGGUGAUAUCCAACUGCAUCGCCCCAUACCUCUUCCCUUACUUCAUUCCAAUCCACGGGAGCAGAGGACUUCGCACGUGGCUCCAUGCGUAUGAGAAUGCUGUAGCCUUCCACUUCAGUAACUACUUUGUGGGCCACCUCAGUGAAAGUACUACUGUGCUGGCAGGAGCAGGUUUCACUGAAGACAAAGACAAUGUCAAAUGGGAUCUGAAAGUGGUUAAGCCUCUGAAUGUGGAGUUGCCCAGGUCCAUGGUGCUGGUGGUGACCUCCUGGAACAUCCCCAUGUCUCGCUGGCUCAACAUAUAUGUUUUCAAAAGUGCUUUGAAACUUGGCACAUUUUCUUCCAUCAUUGUGACUUACACAGCCAGUGCCCUGCUACAUGGCCUCAGCUUCCAUCUUGGGGCCGUGCUGCUGUCUCUGGGCUUCAUCACCUACGUGGAACAUGUUCUGAGGAAGAGGCUGGCAGCCAUCUUUAGUGCCUGUAUCCUGUCCAAACAGUGUCCCAACAAUUGCCAUCAUCAGCAGAAGAAGGAGCUGUGGGUGUAUGGCAUCAACCUGGCCUUCAGUGCCAUGGCCAUCUUCCACCUGACAUACCUGGGCUCCCUGUUUGACGCUGAAGUAGACAACUUGGCUGCAGAGGAGGGUUAUGUGGCCAACCACACCAUUCAGAAGUGGUCAGAGUUGAACUGGGCCGGCCACUGGCUGGUGUUCGGCAGCUGGCUCUUCUACCGCCUCAUUCAGUAAUCUCAUUGGGCGAAGGUCUGCACUGAACAGAAGACAAAAGCCUGGUCCAAAAAGAACCCUUAGUUCACAGGUGGGCCAUCUUACCUAGCAAGGUCUGGUGUGGGUAAAGACUUAGUGGACACGGAGUAGCGAUUGUCCCACACCAUCAUGACUGGAAGAAUGCUGCAUUGUUUACUAGGGUCUUUCUGUAUUUGUUUGUUGUGGUGAACACUAACAAACCAGUCACACACAAGUUCCUUGCUAUGAUGCAUCACACUGUUGAGAUUGAGAACCAGAGGUAGGCUGAAGAUUUGUCAGUGGCUUCUGUAUAGGCUACUGUUCAUCUUCAGGUCUUUUGGAGUUUGAUCACACACAAUCAUUAUGAAUAUUUAUGCUUCUGUGUAUAUUAGUAGCACUAUUAGCCUUCUCACACUGCAUUGUUCUUAGCCCCAGGCUAAGACUGGGCCCUGGGCUAGCUUAUCCUGUGUUCAUACAAGCAUUUGUUAACCUGGGGCUAAGGUGCAGUGUGCCUUAAGUGAAUGUAUUAUGUUGGACCAUUGAUGUUAUAUAAUUAGGCACGGGGGGUGUGGCAUUUGGCCAGUAUACCACGGCUAAGGGCUGUUCUUACGCACGACGCAACGUGGAGUGCCUGGAUUCAGCCCUUAGCUGUGGUAUAUUGGCCAUAUACCACAAACCCUGAGGUGUCUUAUUGCUAUUAUAAACUGGUUACCAACGUAAUUAGAGCAGUAAAAAUACAUGUUUUGUCAUACCCGUGGUAUACGGUCUGAUAUACCACGGCUGUCAGCCAAUCAGCAUUCAGGGCUUAAACCACCCAGUUUAUAAUACAUGAUGUUCUCGAUGGAGGUAGUUUUUUUCUACUUGUGUAUCUGUUUUUCUAUUAAAGACAUUUUAUUUCUA